AUGUACACUGAACAACUCGUCUCCAAACAGGGCCCAUUGGCUCAUGUGUGGUUGGCUGCUAACUACGACAAGAAACUCACCAAACAACAACUCUUGAGCACCAGCAUCGUCAAGUCGUCUGACUUCAUCUCCAACCAUCCUAUCAGCCACUCGUCGUCACAGGGAAGUCAGCAGGACUCCAACUCCAUAACUUUAAGAUUGUCAGGACAAUUAUUGUUAGGAAUAGUGAGGAUCUACUCCAGGAAGACAAAGUACUUGUUGGAUGAUGUCAACGACAUCUUAUUAAAAUUGAAGACAUCAUUCAAAUACGCCAGUGGCGUCAAGUUGGGGUCGGACAUCUCUGCCAAUAAAGUCAACUUACAACCCCAAGAUACCAUCAUCACCAACGUCAAAAGUAUCACCUUGCAAGAUCAAGUGACGCGUUUCGAUUUAUUGUACCAAGACGACUUAAAUUUGGAUGACGACUUUGCCUCUGGUGGGGGAAGAGGCAUUUUCAGCCAGAGCCAGAACACUGAAGACAGCUUCACUUUCGACCAAUCCAUUGAAUUUGGCCGUUACGAAGAGCCUCAAGAUCCCGUCACUCCAGGAAAUGAUUACGGCUUGGAGCUUGACUUCGACCUCAACGAUGACGACGCCUCCGACCACUCGAUAGAAGUUGGCAGAAACGUGUCGCAACUAGCAAACGACGCGGAGAUGUCGGUGUUAUCAAUAGGUAAGGAUAUUAACGAGGAACCAGCCCUCGACUUUGACUUGGGCGAGCCUUUGGACACCAUUGAGGAACCCGAACUUGAAAAUGCCAGUGGAGCAGAAACAAGCGAUGGACCAGAGGAGCCAACCACUCCUCAACCAAUCUUACCACCUCGUCCAAGAACCAAGAGAAACCGGAUCACUGAAGAAGGCGAAUUGAUCACUACAAAACGUAAAUUGAAGGUCGACUCCUCCCUGGACUUGGAUGGCAUUCCAAUCCUGACAUUGAAAGAGAACCAACAGUUGAUACUCAAUGGGUUCGGCAAAGACGAUACAUUGACUUUGAACUUAUCGGAAGCGGAAAAGCUUCAGCUUAUUUAUGAGUUAUCGGCACCUAUCUCCUCAAACAAAAGAAGAAAGUUGUGGAAUAUCGAUACUCUGCUUCAAGAAAGAUGCAUUGAAUUGGCAAGACAAGAGAAAGAGCUCGAAGAGCAACACAACUUACAGUUCGAGCAAGAAUUCGAUGAUUUUGAUAAUAAUUUGGACUUUGAUUUGUCAUUACCGGACUUUGACAACGAAGAUAAUGGUCCCGAGGACUCAUUUGCAAACCAAAUUAUCGAUGAAAUUCAAGAGGAGGAGACAGAAGAGGAGGAUAUCACAAAUGGCAAUGUGGCCAGGUCAACUAUACAAGUGGCCGACCACCUUCGAAGCAUUCUUGGCGAUAAGGGUGAAUCUGACUUGGCUGCUCUUAUCGAGAAAGACUUGAAGAUCAAUGAUGACAACAAUGAGCUUUUACCUUUGGGUACCACAAGCAGGUCCUCCGAUUCAAAAAAGGUGAAUCAGAGAAAGGAAGCUACAAAGUGUUUCUUUGAGUUGUUAGUAUUGGCCACCAAUGACUGCAUUGAAAUCGAACAAGAAGCUCACGAAACCAAGAUAGGCGCAGAUAUUAAUAUUCGCUCAAGAGAUCGCCUCUUCAGCAGCUUUCUUUGA